CAUAAAAUUCUGUUCCCAAUCCUUCCACAGCUCCCCUGAGCAGCCGGACCAUGCUGGAGGAUGAGGAUGGGCUGAGCGAGCGCCGGAGGAGAUUCGAGGAGGAGGAAGUUAUCCCAUUUCUGGGCUCCGGGGCCGUUCCCGGCGUUUUCCGCACUCCUCUCCCGGCAGUGUCCCCGGCGGCGGAGCGGCUCCGCUCCAUCCUGGCCGAGGAGGACGAGGCGCCCACGCCCACGCUCUUCACGGAGAUGGACACGCUGCAGCGCCACGGCGACGACGUGCAGUGGAAGGAGUCGGCCAGGUUUUGUGGUGGCCUCUACCUGGAUAUCAAGAGGAAGCUGCCCUGGUUCCCGAGCGACUUCUACGAAGGUUUCCAUAUCCAGUCCAUCUCCGCCAUCCUCUUCAUCUACCUGGGCUGCAUCACCAACGCCAUCACCUUCGGCGGGCUGCUGGGCGACGCCACCGACAACUACCAGGGCGUCAUGGAGAGCUUCCUGGGCACGGCCAUGGCCGGCUCCAUGUUCUGCCUCUUCGCCGGGCAGCCCCUCAUCAUCCUCAGCAGCACCGGCCCCAUCCUCAUCUUCGAGAAGCUGCUCUUCGACUUCAGCAAAGGCAACGGGAUCGACUACAUGGAAUUCCGCCUGUGGAUCGGGCUGCACUCGGCCCUGCAGUGCCUUAUCCUGGUGGCCACCGACGCCAGCUUCAUCAUCAAGUACAUCACGCGCUUCACCGAGGAGGGCUUCUCCACCCUCAUCAGCUUCAUCUUCAUCUACGACGCCAUCAAGAAGAUGAUCGGCGCCUUCAAGUACUACCCCAUCAACUCCGACUUCAAGCCCGACUACGUGACCAUGUACAAGUGCGAGUGCGUCGCCCCCGACCCAGCCAACGGCACCUCGUUGGACGCUGCAGCUCCGGCGGCUCCGAACAGCACUAACGCCUCUCUGUCCAAUGCUCUCAACCUCACAGCUCUGGACUGGACCCAGCUGAGUAAGAAGGAAUGUCUCAAAUACGGCGGCAGCUUAGUGGGAAAAUCCUGCAAAUUCGUGCCCGACCUGGCCCUCAUGUCCUUCAUCCUCUUCUUCGGCACCUACUCCAUGACCCUGACCCUGAAAAAGUUCAAAUUCAGCCGCUACUUCCCCACCAAGGUCAGGGCUUUCAUUGCUGAUUUUUCCAAUGUCUUCUCCAUCCUGCUCUUCUGUGCCGUGGACGCCUGUUUUGGCCUGGACACCCCCAAACUCCACAUCCCCAGUAUCAUCAAGCUCCGUAAGCUCGUUAGCGACUUCUCGAUCUUUAUGUCCAUCCUCAUGUUUGUGGGGCUGGAUAUUCUCUUUGGACUCAACACCCCAAAGCUCCAAGUGCCUACGGACUUCAAGCCCACGCGCGUGGACCGCGGCUGGUUCGUGUUCCCCUUCGGGAAGAACCCGUGGUGGGUGUACCUGGCCAGCGCCCUGCCCGCCCUGCUGGUCACCAUCCUCAUCUUCAUGGACCAGCAGAUCACGGCCGUCAUCGUCAACAGGAAGGAGCACAAGCUGCGGAAGGCAGCCGGGUACCACCUGGACCUCUUCUGGGUGGGCAUCCUGAUGGCCGUGUGCUCCUUCAUGGGGCUGCCCUGGUACGUGGCCGCCACGGUCAUCUCCAUCGCCCACAUCGACAGCCUCAAGAUGGAGACCGAGACCAGCGCCCCGGGGGAGCAGCCCCAGUUCCUGGGGGUCAGGGAGCAGAGGGUGACCGGCAUCAUCGUCUUCAUCCUCACGGGCAUCUCGGUUUUCCUGGCUCCUGUCCUGAAGUACAUCCCCAUGCCGGUGCUCUACGGCGUCUUCCUCUACAUGGGCGUGGCGUCGCUCAACGGCAUCCAGUUUUGGGAUCGCUGCAAGCUCUUCCUGAUGCCGGCCAAGCACCAGCCCGACUACGUGUUCCUGCGGCACGUCCCGCUGCGCCGCAUCCACCUCUUCACCCUGGUGCAGAUCGUCUGCCUGGCCGUGCUCUGGAUCCUCAAAUCCACCGUGGCCGCCAUCAUCUUCCCCGUCAUGAUCUUGGCCCUGAUCCUGGUCCGGCGGCUCCUGGACUUCGUCUUCUCCCAGCACGACCUGGCCUGGAUCGACAACAUCAUCCCCGAGAAGGAGAAGAAGAAGGAGGACGACAAGAAGAAGAAGAAAAAAGCCAACAAGGGCGACAGCAGCAGCGACGAGGAGGACGGAGCCGCCCCGGCCGCGCUGCGCUCGGACUCGUCCCCGAACGGCUCCGACCCCGAGAGGAGGUACCGACCAAAAUCCGGAACAUUCCGGGAUUGACGAGGGAACAUUCCGG